AUGGGGACGUUCAACUUCGGCAAGUACAACGGGAAGACCUUCGAGGAGGUGUUCGAGAAGCACAAGUCGUACGUGACGUGGGUGAAGAACCUGGAGAACCCCUCGGGGUCGCUAAUCCAGUUCAAGGAGUAUGUCCUGGAGAGGGAGAAGGGGGAAAGGGGGCAGUCAGGGGAGAAGGGGCAGCCGGGCCGGCUUGACCACCUUGACCAAUUUGGCGGCAAAUCCCCUGCGAACUGCUCGCGCGGCCAGGGGUGGGAAGGCAACACCUGGGAUGGACCCCAAGAAAGGGGAGGCGGGGACACCUACCGAAGCAGAAGCUCGUAUGAUAGAAGCCCCAGUGCAGUGCUGAAAGGGGUGGGCACCCCCGGAGGAAGCUACAAAAAGGAGGGAUACCAAGAAGGGGCAAAAUCGGUGAACAAAAUGAAUAGCAGGGAAUACAAAACGUACGAGCAAAGCAUAAUGAAUGAAAUAAGCAACAGUUAUAAUAAGAGCGAAAAGGGAGAGAAGGCCGAAUUUGAUAUCAUAGUGGCGUUUGAAAUUUUUAGUGAUGACACAUUUAAGAUUGUGCAAAAGGAUAACAACAGCAAUGGAGGUGGUAGGAAAUUCGCUAGCUUUAAAAACUUCGUCCCGAAAGAGCUGUUCAAAAUAUUAUCCGAAUUUAACCCAACAUUAAAGAAAACGAAUAACUAUUCUUGCAUCACGUUCGAAGCAGAUAAAUACGAAUACGUGCUGUCCAAUUUGAAAGAGAAGUGUACCAUCUUGGGAGGCAUACAGAGCAUCCCCAAUUUUUUGCUAAAGUGUUUUAAACAGUACAGCCGAUUUUCGGAGCCACAAAAAGUUUCCGAAAUGACUGCAAGUAUUUUGACGAGUACUUUAUGUCCAUACACGAAAAAGAAUUAUGACAAAAUGGAUAUCCUUGUGGGAGACAAGCUAAGUGCAGAGUUGAAAAAUUUUCAAAGAGAAGGAGUUUUUUUUGGUUUAAAAAAAAAUGGGAGAGUCUUAAUAGGGGACGAAAUGGGAUUGGGAAAAACGUUACAAGCGUUAGCUUUGAUGGCAUUUUAUCAGGAGGACUGGCCAUUCAUCGUUGUUUGUCCGUCUUCCAUCCGGUUUCAAUGGAAGGAUCAGGCACUACGAUGGUUAUCUCAUUUGUUGACAGAAGAUCAAAUCUGUGUUGUGAAGAGUGGAAAAACAGACGUCCCACGAAAUUGCAAAAUGAUUAUAAUUUCCUACGAACUGAUGACCAAAAAUGAUAAGUACCAGAAUAAGUACAAAUCGAUCGUAUGUGAUGAGUCCCACUAUUUGAAAAACUCCUUUUCAAAGAGAACGAAAGCGAUCACCCCCAUUAUUAGGAGUGCCAAGAGGUGUGUCCUGCUAUCAGGUACCCCAGCUUUGAACAAACCGUCUGAAUUGUACGAACAGGUGUCUAGCAUUAUUCCGAACCUUUUUAAUUACCAUGAGUUUUGCGAAAGGUACUGCUUUAAGGACAAAAAUAUCUACACGAGAAAGAUCGAGUACGUUGGGUGCAAACACACAGAGGAGUUGCACCUAUUUCUGACUAACACGAUUAUGAUAAGGAGGUUAAAAAAAGACGUUUUGAAGGAACUGCCAGAAAAACUGAGGUCCAAAAUUCCUGUGGAAAUACCCCCCAAAGAGUUAAGCGAAAUUAUUACCUACCACAGAAAAUUAGAGUCAAAAAAAAAUAUCAACAUUUCGGACGAUUUGGACGAGUUGCCAUUCCCAAGCGGGGGUAAUGAGUACGGGUAUGGCCAAACUGCUAGUGGCAUUCCCAACAGGGGCGACGAAGAGAAUGUCUCCAUUUCGCACCUAUUCAAAAUGACGGGUUAUGCAAAAGUGAAAGCCAUAAAGGAGUAUAUCACCUACCUGAUCGAUGCCGACAUCAAGUUCCUCCUCUUCUGUCACCACAAAUUAGUGAUGGACGAAAUUGACGAUUUUCUGAGGGAGAAAAAAACCAUGUUUAUACGAGUAGAUGGAUUAACCCCCAUUGAAAAAAGAGAAGUGUACAUUAAGAGCUUCCAAAAUGAUGACCAUGUGAAAAUUGCUUUACUGUCGUUGACUGCCUGCGGGAUAGGGUUAAACCUAACUGCUGCCAAUACAGUCGUUUUUGGAGAGUUGUACUGGGUACCCGGGCAAAUAAUACAAGCAGAAGAUCGGGCACACAGAAUUGGUACCACCCAUGAAGUUGUCAACAUCCAUUAUUUAAUUGCACAAAAUACCAUUGAUGAAAUUGUCUGGAAAAUUAUUAACAGAAAAUGGAACACCCUUACCACGGCUUUGAAUGGAAUGGAAGACUCACUAAAUGUGAAGGAGGUAAAUAAGUUUGACAAAUUUAUGAUAGACUUAACCAAUGAUACGAAUAAGUCCUAUCCCACCUCGUUAGUCACGACACCCAAAGUUAGGAGGAAGUCAUCCGAACAUAACAAAUCGUUUGAAAGCGCCAGUAGUAACACCAAACGGGAUAGGGACAUACGCGAUUUCUUCAAGUCCAGUGAGAAAUCCGCUGAAAAGUCCGAUUGUGCAAAGAAGCGGUCGUACGGCACUCCAACGAAUGAUUGCUCUUCGGACAGCACCUCGCCGAUUAUUGUCAGCAAGCGGUACAAAACGGAGUUGCACUAG